AUUAAGUUUUCUUUUAUCUCAUAUUAUAAUUAUUUCUUUCUACAAAUAAUAAUUACAUAUACACCAGUACAAUAUUACCAUAUGUUGCAUUUGCGUGUCUACUUUACUCGCCUUUAAAUAGUGAGCUUUGUGUAACCUAAAUAGUUCAUACAGACUUGAAAGAACAAAAUAAAACUCUUUACAAAGAUUAUUAGAAUGGCUUUUGCUCAAUCUUUUCACAACCAAAGCUCUAUCUUGAGAAUCAAUGUCAUGGUUGUGGACGACGAUCGUGUUUUCCUUAAUAUUUUGUCACGCAUGCUUGAGAGGUCCAAAUACAUAGAUCCAUCGGUUAUGAAGAUCACAGUUGUAGCGGUAGACGAUCCAAAGAAAGCAUUAUCUACACUAAAAAUUCAACGAGACCAUAUAGAUCUCAUAAUUACAGAUUAUUACAUGCCUAGCAUGAACGGUCUACAACUCAAAAAACAGAUUACUCAGGAAUUUGGAAAUUUACCGGUCUUAGUUAUGUCAUCGGACCCCAACAAAGAACAGGAGAGUUUAAGUUGUGGAGCGAUGGGUUUCAUUCCAAAACCCAUAGAACCAGCUGACUUAACAAAGAUUUACCAGUUUGCUUUAACCUACAAGAUGAACGGUAAGUCAACAUUAUUGACCGAGCAAAACCACAAGGAUGCAAAUGUUAGUGUCCCUCAGCAAAUCACGUUGAUUCCUGAGCAAGCUAACGUCUUAAAGACCAAGAAGAAGAACUGCUCAUCUAAAUCGGAUUCAAGAACCGUGAACAGUACAAAUGGAAGUUGUGUUAGUACGGAUGGUUCAAGAAAAAAUCGAAAAAGAAAACCCAACGGUGGUCCUAGUGAUGAUGGUGAAUCUCUGUUGCAACCCGCCAAGAAGAAAAAGAUUACCUGGACGGAUUCUCUUCACGACCUAUUCUUACAGGCUAUCCGACAUAUCGGUCUUGAUAAGGCGGUGCCAAAAAAGAUCUUAGCGUUCAUGAACGUAUCAUACUUGACUAGAGAGAACGUAGCCAGCCAUUUACAGAAAUAUCGGAUAUUCUUGAGGAGAGUCGCGGAUCAAGGUUUUUCAAGCAUGUUGUCGGAUAGAGGCAUAGACUCGAUGUUUCGACAAACUCACAUUAAGGAGCCGUACUUCAACUGUUACACACCCUUUACUUCUUGGUAUGACACAAGUCUUAACAAUAGAUCAUUCUAUUCCAAACCCGGACAUGGCCUUGGACAGUCUAGACUCUUGUCCAAAACACGUGAGCCCGUCCGCUUCAACCUGAUGCCUUACAACUACAUGAACCGGUCAUCCACCUAUGAGCCGCACCAUAUAGGAUCUGGAUCAAACUUGACGCUGCCCAUCCAAAACAACCUCAGUUUCCCAAACCAACCAUCUCAAAACGAAGAUAUAAGAAGCUUUUUCGAACCACCGGCCGUGAUGGCGAACAAAAUCGUCCAAACAUCUCAAGUUCUUGGGUUUGGACAACUUGGACCGUCAACUAUUAGUGGUAAUAAUUUCAACAAUAACAUGAUGAGUAGCUAUGGAAGUUUGACUCCGAAUCAACCGGGAUCUAGCCACUUCUCGUAUGGGAUGCAAUCGUUCUUAAACAAUGAGAACGCAGCAUGUAACCCUCAGCCACCUGCCAAUGCAACUACACAGCCAAAUCUUGCUGAAUUUCCUCAACUGGAGAAUCUCGACUUAUACAAUGAUCUCGGCCACACUAGUGACCUUCCUUACAACAUAAGUAACUUUCAAUUCGAUGACAACAAGCAGCAACAAGGAGAAGCGGAUUCCACCAAAUUUGAUCUCCCUGCAAAUUCUUCGACUGAACUGAAUCAGAUUUUGUCUCUUGAAGACAAUGGUGACUGGACCUUCGCGAACGUAAACCAGGCUCAAUCUAAUGGAGAAACAUCGAACACUAUUGCUGCUCCGGAAACUAAUCCUCCAAUUUUCAACAUGAACCCUAAUCAGAAUCAGGGACAAGAUGUUCCAGAGUUUACCGAUUGGUCGUUUUUGGAUCCGCAGGAAUUGGUUGAUGACGACUUCAUGAACUCUCUGUUCAACAAUGACAUGAAUUGAUCGAAAUAGUUUUCUUCUCCCAGAUGUUCUCAAAAGCAAGGUGAAGAAAUAAAACCGGCGAUACCUAGUAGUUCUCUAAGCAGAUAAUAUACCUAGUAGUUUUCUAAGCAGAUAUAUCAAAAAAAAAAAAAAAAAAAAAUCGUAGAAGUAUGGUUUUAGUUAUGUAUUAUAUUUCAAGUAUUGGAUACUAAGUCUUUUUUUCAGCAAACUUAAUUAGUAUUGGAUAUUAUAUUAUGUUAUCUCUGGGAACUUUGUAAUAUAAUAUACAUAGUAAUGAUAAUAAUACUAUCCAUUUGGGUUUAAUAUAGAUGUCAUGUGUUUGUGUUA